CAAACGCCCAGAGCGCGCCGUGGGGCGGUCCCACUGCCGUCCCCUCCUCCCACCAGCCUGCGCUGGGCAGGGAGUCGCCUGCGCCGGCUCCAGGUCCAGGAGCGAGAGCAGCCGCAGCUGAGAGCGGAGACCUGCUGCCGGCCCCUCGCACCAUGGCCCGCUGCACGUCGGCGGCCGGGCUCGGCUUCGUGCUCCUGCUCUGGAGCGGGGCGCUCUUCCUCGCCGCCUCCCCGCAGCCCCAGUCGCCGCCGCCGCGGGGCAGCGUGUGGUGCCCCAGCCGCUGCUUGUGCUUCCGCACCACGGUGCGCUGCAUGCAUCUGAUGCUGGAAAGCGUCCCCGCCGUGUCGCCCCAAACCACCAUCCUAGAUCUACGGUUUAAUAGAAUUAAAGAAAUCCAGCCUGGAGCAUUUAGACGACUUAAAAACCUGAACACAUUGCUUUUAAACAACAAUCAAAUUAAAAGAAUACCUAGUGGGGCUUUUGAAGACCUGGAAAAUCUAAAAUAUCUCUAUUUGUACAAGAAUGAAAUCCAGUCAAUUGACAGGCAAGCAUUUAAAGGACUUGCCUCUCUAGAACAACUGUAUCUGCACUUUAAUCACAUAGAAACAUUGGAACCUGAAUCAUUUACACAUCUUCCAAAACUUGAAAGGCUAUUUUUGCAUAACAACAGAAUAGCUCAUUUAGUUCCUGGGACAUUUAGUCAUUUGGAAUCUAUGAAGAGACUGCGUUUGGAUUCAAAUGCUCUGCAUUGUGACUGUGAAAUACUGUGGCUGGCAGACUUGUUGAAGACAUAUGCAGAAUCUGGCAAUGCUCAAGCAGCAGCUACUUGUGAGUAUCCAAGGAGGAUCCAGGGAAGAUCAGUGGCCACAAUAACACCAGAAGAACUUAACUGUGAGAGGCCAAGAAUUACGUCAGAACCUCAGGAUGUGGAUGUUACCUCAGGGAAUACAGUGUACUUCACUUGCAGAGCUGAAGGCAAUCCCAAACCAGAAAUUAUCUGGCUUCGAAACAAUAAUGAGCUCAGUAUGAAAGCAGAUUCCCGUCUAAACUUGCUAGAUGAUGGCACUUUGAUGAUUCAGAAUACUCAAGAGACAGACCAGGGUAUUUACCAGUGCAUGGCGAAAAAUGUGGCAGGAGAAGUGAAAACUCAAGAAGUGACUCUUAGAUACUUUGGGUCCCCAGCCAGGCCAAGUUUUGUGAUUCACCCACAAAAUACAGAAGUAUUAGUUGGCGAAAGUGUUACUUUGGAAUGCAGUGCAACUGGCCACCCUCAACCACGGAUCACAUGGACAAAAGGCGACAGAACCCCCUUACCAAAUGAUUCUCGCAUCACAAUAACUCCUUCAGGAGGCCUUUACAUUCAAAAUGUGAACCAGGAAGACAGUGGCGAGUAUACCUGUUUUGCAACCAACAGUAUAGAUAAUAUCCAUGCAACUGCAUACAUCAUAGUGCAAGCUGUACCCCAGUUUACUGUCACUCCUCAAGACAGAGUAGUGAUUGAGGGCCACACUGUCGAUUUCCCUUGUGAAGCGCAAGGCUAUCCACAGCCUGUUAUUGCUUGGACCAAAGGAGGUAGCCAACUCUCUGUAGAUAGAAGACAUUUAGUACUGUCAUCUGGAACACUGAGGAUUUCCAGAGUUGCUCUACAUGACCAAGGCCAAUAUGAAUGUCAAGCUGUCAACAUUGUUGGAUCCCAAAGAACAGCUGUACAAUUAACAGUACAACCCAGAGUUACCCCAGUGUUUGCUAACGUUCCAAGUGAUAUGACAGUAGAAGUUGGCACAAAUGUUCAAAUUCCAUGCAGUUCUCAAGGAGAGCCUGAACCAGAAAUAACAUGGAAUAAGGAUGGAGUUCAGGUAACAGAAAGUGGAAAGUUUCAUGUUAGUCCAGAGGGAUUUCUUACCAUUCGGGAUGUGGGAACAGCUGAUGAAGGCCGAUAUGAAUGUGUUGCCCGGAACACUAUAGGGUACUCCUCAGUUAGCAUGGUGCUAAGUGUUACUGUUCCUAAUGUCAGUCGAAAUGGAGAUCCAUUUGUAGCAACAUCAAUUGUUGAAGCAAUUGCAACUGUUGACAGAGCUAUAAAUUCAACACGUACACAUUUGUUUGACAGUCGUCCUCGUUCUCCAAAUGAUUUGCUAGCUUUGUUUCGGUACCCAAGAGAUCCUUACACUGUGGAACAAGCAAGAGCUGGAGAAAUAUUUGAAAGGACAUUACAGCUAAUUCAAGAUCAUGUACAAGGUGGUUUAAUGGUUGACCUAAAUGGGACAAGCUAUCAUUAUAAUGAUCUUGUAUCUCCACAAUACUUGAGCCUGAUAGCUAAUUUAUCAGGCUGCACAGCCCAUAGACGAGCAAAUAACUGCUCAGAUAUGUGCUUUCACCAGAAGUACAGGACACAUGAUGGAACUUGCAAUAACCUGCAGCAUCCGAUGUGGGGAGCCUCUCUGACAGCCUUUGAACGUUUGUUAAAAUCAGUCUAUGAAAAUGGAUUUAACUUGCCUAGGGGUAUUGGACCAAAUAGACACUAUAAUGGAUACACACUUCCCAUGCCUCGCUUGGUUUCAACAUCUCUAAUAGGAACUGAAACAAUAACCCCUGAUGAUCAGUUUACUCACAUGAUAAUGCAGUGGGGUCAGUUCCUUGAUCAUGACCUUGACUCCACAGUCGCUGCUCUAAGUGAAGCCAGGUUUUCUGAUGGUCAGCACUGCAGUUCAGUUUGUACAAAUGAUCCACCUUGUUUCUCAAUCAUGAUACCACCAAAUGACCCACGAGUUAGAAAUGGUGCACGGUGUAUGUUUUUUGUACGCUCUAGUCCUGUUUGUGGAAGUGGCAUGACAUCUCUUCUAAUGAAUUCUGUUUAUCCAAGAGAACAGAUUAACCAGCUGACUUCAUAUAUUGAUGCAUCCAAUGUGUAUGGCAGUUCAGACCAUGAGUCACAAGAAAUCAGAGACUUGGCAAGCCAAAGGGGUCUUCUGAGACAGGGCAUUGUACAGCGAUCUGGCAAGCCUCUUCUUCCAUUUGCUACUGGUCCCCCAACAGAAUGCAUGAGAGAUGAAAAUGAGAGCCCAAUUCCUUGCUUCUUAGCUGGAGAUCAUCGUGCUAAUGAGCAAUUGGGUCUCACCAGUAUGCAUACAUUAUGGUUUAGAGAGCACAACAGAAUUGCUACAGAGUUACUGAAACUCAACCCACACUGGGACGGUGACACGAUAUAUCAUGAAACACGCAAAAUUGUUGGUGCAGAAAUGCAACAUAUAACAUACAACCAUUGGCUACCUAAGAUCUUUGGAGAGGUAGGCAUGAAGAUGCUUGGCGAAUAUAAAGGUUAUGAUCCCAAUGUUAAUUCUGGCAUAACUAAUGAGUUUGCAACUGCCGCUUUUAGGUUUGGUCACACACUUAUCAAUCCCUUACUGUAUCGGCUGGAUGAAAACUUUGAACCUAUUCUGCAAGGCCAUAUACCUCUUCAUAAGGCAUUCUUCUCUCCCUUUCGGAUUGUAAAUGAAGGAGGCAUUGAUCCACUUCUAAGGGGAUUGUUUGGUGUUGCUGGUAAGAUGCGAGUGCCAUCACAGUUACUCAAUACAGAAUUGACAGAGAGACUCUUCUCCAUGGCACGUACCGUGGCUUUAGAUCUGGCAGCUAUGAAUAUUCAGAGAGGCAGAGAUCACGGAAUUCCCCCCUACCAUGAUUUUAGAGUUUACUGUAAUCUUUCUUCAGCUCAUACUUUUGAAGAUCUGAAAAAUGAAAUUAGGAAUCCUGAAAUCAGGGAGAAACUUAGCAGGCUCUAUGGUUCACCUCUGAAUAUAGAUUUAUUUCCUGCUCUUAUGGUAGAAGAUUUAGUUCCUGGUAGCCGAUUGGGGCCAACUUUGAUGUGUCUCUUAAGUACCCAGUUCAAACGUCUUCGAGAUGGAGACAGGUUAUGGUAUGAAAAUCCUGGUGUAUUCAGUCCAUCUCAGCUGACUCAGAUCAAGCAAACAUCUCUUGCUAGAAUUUUGUGCAACAAUGCUGACAAUAUAACUAGAGUGCAACGUGAUGUAUUCAAGGUGGCCGAAUUCCCACAUGGUUACAGUAGCUGUGAAGAAAUUCCUAAGCUGGACCUCAGGAUGUGGCAGGAUUGCUGUGAAGAUUGUAGAACUAGAGGGCAGUUUAAUGCAUUUUCAUAUCACUUCCGAGGAAGACGAUCUCUUGAUUAUAGCUUUCAGGAGGACAAACCCUUAAAGAAAAUGAAAAUGCUCAAAACAGUGAGUUCUACAGAACAGAUUAAACAUUUUAAUAAUGCCACUUCAGCAUCUGAUGAACAUACAAAAUUGCCUGUGGUAAAUGACUUUAGAGAAUUUGUUUUAGAAAUGCAAAAGACCAUUACAAGUCUCAGAAAUCAGAUAAAGAAACUGGAAUCACGUCUCAGUAGAACUGAUUGCACUGAUGAAAAGGGUAAAUCAUAUUCCAGCAAUGAAACCUGGAAAAGGGACUCUUGUACUAUGUGUGAAUGCAAAGUUGGUCAGAUUACAUGUUUUGUAGAAUCAUGUCCACCAACUGAUUGCUCUACACCAUUGAAGGUCAAAGAAGUUUGCUGUCCAGUCUGUUUAAAACAAACUAUUAGCAAGGAAAAGAAGCCAUAAAUCUCCUCUAAGAAUUUAAGAUGUGUCCUCUUCAAAUCAUAACGAUGCCUGCUGAUGGCAAAUAAGGUAACCAGAAGCUUAAAAGAACAGCAAGAAAUCAAGAUUUUACAUGACAACAUUCUAUUGGUGCUGUAACAGUAUAAGAUGAUGUAUUAUUUUAUUAUUUGCCCAUAAAAAGAAAAUUACAAUGCAAAAACGUUGAAAUGGAAAUAAACAGUUCAAGAUAAUUUUUGUACUAAGAUUCUCAGGUUAGACAAACUGAAUCCGGUGCUACUUUAAAAGGACACUGUCAGGUAGGUUUAGGCAUCCAAAAUAACUUACCUUAAAAUGUUUACAUUAUAAAAUCAGAACAGCUCCCAUUUAUGAGAAAUAAGCACAAUAAGAAUAUUUACUUUGUAGUAUCAGUCUGACUUGAUGUUCAGUGCUUUGCUAAUAAAGUCAGAAGAAGCUAAAAUAAAAGCUUAAUAAAAACUGUGUUCAGAACUUUGCUAAUACAGGGCCAAUUUCUGCAAGCCAGCUGUGCAUAUGGAUUGCUUAAUCAAUUAUUCUGGUAUAUAGAAAAGGAAGUAAGAAAAUGCAUCAGUUUCAUGUUAACCUCUCUUUAAUAGAAGAGGAAAAUUAUUCAGUGUUUGACUAAUUGAAAAGCAUAACACUGUUAGAGAAAGAGAAACAAACAUUAAGAUUCUAGGAAGGUAUUAAAAACAAUAUGAUUAAAAAAAUGUUUGACAGUGUUCCUUGAAUGCUAUUCCUCAUUUUAGGAAGGAGUACAUGACUCACAAGUAGCAUUUGAAAUUAAAAUGAAUAUGAUCAUAGGUAAUUGCUUGGCUACUCUUUUGUUUCAUUUAUUUUAAUCAUGGUAAAGUGACCAUCCAAAGUCCAGCUUGACAGCAUGCUUCUGUCCAUCUCAGACGUGCUCACAUGUACAGUUACUAUGGCCCUGUUUUGAAAAUGUGAAAACAUCACAUGCCAUUUUGUAUACAAUGAGACCUACUGAUUCAUUUUGCAUAUUGUCAGUAGACAUAUGUUCCUAAGUAUAUUAUGGCACUGUUUGUGAAAUGUAAGCAUUAAUGGUUAAUUGUGAUUGACUACUCUUUUCCAUUUUUUUGCUGAUUAGGUAUUUGAGCAUAUAGGUUUUCUCCAUUUUCAGCUACUACAUAGAUACUUUUAGCUCAGUGCCUUUAUUUGCCUCACUUAACUGCUCACAUAAUUCAUUUUUAGCACUAUAGAAUAUAUAGCAAUGCAGUGUAUGUAUUAGCACACCAAUUCUUUGCCAUUUUAAUAGGCAUAUAUUAUUGCAUUCAAUGCAUUGCAAUGAAGGACAACUAUCAUACCUCAUUUUACAGUUUUCUUUUUCAUUUACAGUGCAUCUUCUGAAAAAAAAAUCCCUAAUUUCCUACAAUUCAGGGCUCAGUCCUGCAGUCCUAAUGCAGAACUCCUACUGACAUUAUUGAAUUCUCUGGAUUCUGAGUUAAUUGUUAGUUUUUAGGGAUCAGGAAUUUAAGCAUUAAUGAAAUGUGCACAAAUGUCAACAUUAGCUAGGCAACAUGGGUGAGGAAAUAUCUUUGAUUGGACCAACUUCUGUUGGUGAGAGAGAAAAGCAACAUGUAAACAUGUAAGUCUUCGUAUUAUGUAAAGACUUAAGUUGCAUAGUAAAUCAGAUUUGUGUGUUACAGCUAAUCUAUAGCAACAAUUUCCACUAUAAUAUUUUGGCACAUAAUUAGUAGCUUUAAUGUACUAUAAUUUGAUAAGAUACAUACUAUGACACUGCUUUCAAACUUUGGUAUAUAUUAUAUGCUUACUACAAUGACUAGUUUGACAGUGUAGUAACAGUAAUAUGUACAUGUGAGUGGUAUGGUAAUUAAAAAUGUAUGUUAGAGUUACAUGAGGUACUACCAUUUAUAUUUUUAAGAAUAUAAUUGAUUUCAUAUAUAAAGUUUUGACGUACAUAAUCUACUUUAAUAUUUUUAGAAUCUGUGUGGAAAGUUUCAUGGGGUAUCUAGGGCUUGACAUUUCUUCCCUUUUUUGAUACGCUAGUACUUUUGUUCUGCUUUCUUGAGAGUCCAAACUGCACACUUACUCUGGAAGAUCUGUGCACAUGGAUCUCCCACUGAUUACAGUAAGAAGAAAGGUUUGCAGAACCAAAUCGAAUAUAAUAAUUUAAAAAUUUAUAUGGUUAUAUGGACCAGUGGAAAAGUGCUUUUAAUGGACUAUUAAUUUAAUAAUUUCCCUGCAAGUUAAUAUGAAUUAAAUAUCCUUCUAAUUUCCGAUCAUAGGAGAAGAACUUUUCCAUUUAUACAUUAUAUACAGUAUCAGGUAUCUGAUUCCAUUGUUCCCCUCCCCAGAAUAAAGUGAAUAUCUGUUGUUCUUUGUUCAAUGUUUACUCAUACGGUAUAAAACAAAGAUUCUGGAAUAACUCUUGAAAUGCUUAUACAGCUGUCAUCUUCAGUUAUUUUCCAUAAUCAUAAAACCUAUAAAAGAUUUUCACCAACAGUUUCAAAUAUAUUAAGCAAUCAAGGAUAGUACACAUUUACUUUUAUUACAGUGUCUACAGAUUCAGCACCCGUAUUAACAUUUCUGAAACAGUGGCCAAUGGCUGGAUGAUCAUUUCCUCAGUAUCCACUGUGAGAAUAUUGCUGUAGUAUGUUGCAAAUUGUGCAUAUUUAUUUACUUUUAAAAACUGUUACCAAAAGCAAAGGCUUCGUUAUUUUUAUUGUAAUCCGUAAAUUUACCAAAGAACUGUUUGCACUGUGUAAUGAAUGCUUCUCAGUUAAAAUAAAUGGGUCACAUUUCCAAAUCUUGA